AGACAAGACAGAUAGUGUCAAAGUGUCAAGAAGCAGAUUUGGUUUGGAGUGAGAUCAGUCAAUUUUGUAAUUGUUAAUUUCAUAAGUUUACAUUUUUGUGAAUAGAAAAUAAGCAAGAAUCAUGGACGACGAUUUACCGACCGAUUUCCAGGUCAUCGUCGUGGGGACAGGUAUGGUGGAGUCCAUUGUGGCCGCCGCCUGCAGCAGGAUAGGAAAAAAUGUAUUACAUCUCGACUCAAGUGACCACUACGGAGGUCUCUGGGCCUCCUACAACUUUGAUGGACUCCAGAAAUUCAUCAAAGAAGUUAAUUCAGACCCCAAAAGACAGCUUCAGGUCUACAACUUAGCUGAAAAAUGGUACAUUGAAAAGGCAUCAGCAGAAGAAAGUAAGGCGGAAGGUGAAGAAAAGCCAGAAGAUGGCAAAGGGGAACCAGCUAAGAAAGUAUGGACUCAAGACAGCUUUGCUGCUGAAUAUAGGAAGUUUAACAUUGACAUGACACCUAAGUUGCUGUUCUCUCGCGGACCCCUCGUCGAACUCCUGAUUUCAUCGAACAUCGCUCGUUACGCGGAGUUCCGCUGCGUCACCCGCGUACUAACCUGGCUUAGCGACAAACUGAUGCCGGUACCAUGUUCCCGGGCUGAUGUCUUCGCGACCGAGGCUGUCGGCAUUGUUGAGAAGCGACAGCUCAUGAAGAUGUUGACUUCCAUCGUUGGAUACAAUGAGGAGGAGAUGAAUAAUGAGUUUAAAGAUUGGAAUGACAAGACAUUCAAGGAGUACCUAACCCACAAGGGUUUGACUCCUAACCUCAUCCACUACGUGUUGUCUGCUAUCGCUGGUGGUACCAACAGCAUGCCAUGCCUCGAGGGAGUGAAGGAAUGCAAGAAGUUCCUCAUGAGUCUUGGACGCUACGGCAACACUCCCUUCCUUUGGCCCAUGUACGGCAGCGGCGAGCUACCUCAGUGCUUCUGCAGAUUGUGCGCGGUAUUCGGCGGCGUAUACUGCCUGAACCGGCCGAUCGACAAGGUGCAAACGAAAACAGCUGAUGACGGGAAGACCGUGGUGACAAUCGACAGCAAGUCUAAGACGCUGAACUGCGACCACCUUGUGAUCGGGAUCAACGAAUGUCCCAAGGACUUGAUAUCGCCCGAGCCGGCGGAGAGCUGCGACAUUUCUAAGGCCGUGUUCAUCACGAACGGGUCUAUUAUGAAGAGUGAUAAGGAGCCGCUUACAUUACUCCGCUUCCCUCCGCUCACUGACGAAGACAAUGCAGUGACCGUGCUCGAGGUCGGGCCCGCCACCGGCUCCUGUCCUAAAGGCCUCUUUGUGGUGUACUUCAUCACCAACAAGGUGAAGGAUGCUGAGAGUGAUCUCAUGCCCAUCGCGGAGAAGAUCUUCGACAUGUCCGGCGGCGAUCAGACUGCUGACACCGAGAAGCCAAAGUGCCUGUGGUCGUUGUUCUACAACGUGAAGGACACGAGCGCCCCGGUGGCCAGCACUGUGGACAGCGUGCACGUCUGCUCCGGACCCGAUGCUGGACUCGACUUCGAUCGCGCCGUCGAACAGGCUGAGCAGAUCUUCAAGAAGAUCUGUCCAGGCCAAGAGUUCCUGCCGCGCGCCCCCGACCCAGAGGAGAUCGUGUUCGAGGAUGACGUCACGCACGGGCCCGAGUUCCAGCGCGAAGACGAGGACGCGGAGGGCGACGCGCCCAAGGAGUAGGCGCUACACCUCGCGUGCAGCGACACCAACCUCCUCAGCACGUUUGAGCGAGUGCGACAUGGCCCUGGAAAAUGUGGAUGGACACAAUUUAUACCGACACACGUUCGCCUCAGCAGACACAGAACAAAUCGCUAAUUGCAUAUCGCACCAAUAAACAAAGCUUUGUAUCAAACUGUCAUAUCCACUCCUUCCUAGGUCCACGAGUUUAUUGCUCUAGAUUAAGUAUCACAAUUUCGAUAUCGAUUGUUUUAAGAAUUUUGAACACGCUUAAACGUGCUGAAUGAAUUCAGCUAAGAUGUAAUCUCAGUAAGAGUUAUACGCUUUGGUCGCUUGACUUCGUGCAUUCCGACUGGUGCGUUAGGUUCGAGUAAGAUGAUAUGGAUGUCGUUAUAACACGAGCUCCGUCUUUACGAGUCUGUUUAUCGAAAUUUGAGACCUGCUGAGCUCAGAGACCUACAUUCAUUCUAAACUGAUGAAUAAAACGAACUUCCAUUAUAAGUUUUAAAUAUUUUUUACAAAAGUACAUACAUAAUUGGAAUAGUUAAUAAAUUAGCUUUGUACUUAGCAGGUCGUUACCAACAUCUAUCUAUGGUCUGUCAGGGUAGAUAAUUAUCAGCUGGGUUGUCUUGAUAUAGUCGGCAAGAUCAACUUGAAGCAUUUGAGGCUAACAAUGUAGCAAACGAUAUGGUUGGCUGAGUAACUAUUAUCUAACUAGGUAACAGUUAAUCAGCCAAUAUCACGCCAAGAUCUUAUUGAAACCGGUGUAGUACUGACUUGAUAUCAAUUUUAGGUAUUUAAAGAAAUAUUUGUAAUACCACACGGUUGCUAUGCUCUCUAGAUCUCAUUAUUUGGCAGUAUUGAUGAUUAAUGUGGAUUGCUUUACGACGUAGGAGUAUUAUGAAACAAGACGAAAAUGUUACGCGUAAUCACAGUAAUACAGAUAGCUAGGAUGCAGUUUUAAAAUGUUAAGCAUAACAUUUUUGGACGCACCAGUCUAAAUCAUAGAUUGUAGCACAUAUAAUUUUUAUUAAGUUAUUUAGCACUUUUAUGAUAUUUAUUGUCAAAUAAUAAAAAUAAAUAAUCAUGCCUGCGCAGCUUGUGCAUUUAUAAUUCCAUUAAAUUGUGAUUAUUAGAAUA